AUGCGAGGCGCGCUGGCUUCCGCCCUGCUCAGUCUAUGCGGUCUCGUGCAGGCGGAUUACGGCCCCUAUAUCCAAUCCGGGGACUACGACGCGGGGAAAUUUGGCUCCUGGCCGACAGAAACCUACCGGUCGACGCCUAUCAUCGGGCCCACGCUGAACUAUCUGGAGUCUAGCACGCAGUGCAAGGAUGGGCAGUACACGUUGAUUUCGCCUCGGGGCGGCGGCGUCGCGACCCCGGGACCGAUGAUCAUCGACCAGGAUGGCCAUCUCGUCUGGACGAAGGAUUACGGGAAGACGUAUAACCUGAACGUCUACCGCUACAGAGGCCAGGACUAUCUGACCUUCUGGGCGGGAAACGAUGGGAUCACCGGGCAUGGCGACGGGACUUAUUACAUGCUCGACUCCAACUACCAAGAAGCGUACAAGAUCCGCGGCGCCAACGGCCUGCCAGCCGAUCUGCACGAAUUCCACAUCACGCUGAACGAAACGGCCGUCUUCACCAUCUACGAGACCCGGUCCGCGGACCUGCGCUCCGUCGAGGACGGGCCCCAAGAUGGCUGGAUCUACGACGGCACGUUCCAGGAAGUCGACAUCGAGACCGGCGAGCUACUCUUCCAAUGGCGCGCCUCCGACCACUUCACCUUCGCCGAGAUGUUCCGCGGCCGCGAAGGCAACGGCGAGUCCGAGUCCCGCCCCUGGGACUUCUUCCACAUCAACAGCAUCGACAAGGACGUCAUGGGCAAUUUCCUCGUCUCCUCCCGCUACGCCAACUGCCUCGCCUACAUCGACGGCCACUCCGGCUCCGUCCUCUGGCGUCUCGGCGGCGCCAAUAACUCCUUCACCGACCUCUCCCCGUCCCAAUCCGCCACCAACAUCACCUGGCAGCAUCACGCCCGCUUCCACUCCCCCAACAAAACCACCUCUCUCACCGUCUUCGACAACGCCUCCCGCGGCAUCGGCGCCCCCACCCUCACCAGCCGCGGCCUCUACCUCGACCUCGACACCACCGCCAUGACCGUCUCCAUCCGCCACGAAUACUGGAACCCGCACCCCAUCAGCAGUCAAUCACAAGGGUCCGUGCAGGUCCUGGACUCCGGCAACGUGCUCCUCGGCUACGGCUUCAACGCCGCCUGGACAGAGUACAACAUCCACGGCGACGUGCUCUGCCACGUGCACUUCGGCCCGCAGACCGGCUUCGGCAUCGGCGAUAUCAUCUCCUACCGCGUCUUCAAGCACCCCUGGGUCGGGCUGCCCUUGACCAGACCGGAUCUCGCCGUGUAUGCGUACGAGGCGGCGGUUAGCUGGAAUGGUGCCACGGAGGUCGCCACGUGGGUGUUGCAGGGCGUGUCUUCCUCCUCUUCUCCCUCUGACUCUGACGACUCCGAUAACGACGCCCUCACCUCCCCAUCCUUCAACUUCCUCGCCGCGGUCCCCAAAAACGGCUUCGAAACCAUCCUCCCCAUCCCGCUGCACAUCCAGAAGCAAGCCCUGCGCGUCGUCGCCCUAAACGCCACGGGCCAGGUGCUCGGCGUGUCACGCUUCGUAGCCUGGGACCCCGCCAGCAACGAAGCAGCCGUGACGUACGGGAUGGGCGAGAGCGGGGGGAUCGUCCUGACGGGACCGGUGCGGUCGUUUGUGUUCUACGUGAUUGGGUUCGUGUCGGCGGUGGUGGUUUUGGUUGGGAUUGGACUUGCGAAUCGGUACUUGGGGGAGCGGGUGAGGUCGGCGAAGAGGGAUCGGGAGAGAGGGAAUUGGGUCCCCGUUGAUAAUGAUGGGUUUAAUGGGGAUGAGGAGGACUUGAGUGAUGGGGAGCUGAGCGAUGGGAUUGAGUUCUCGUUGUUGGGGAAUCCGAGGCUGGCGUCGUAUGAAGAUGUGGUUGGGGGGAGGAGGGAUCGGUUUGUGGAUGGGGAGCAUACGGGUUGA